AUGUUAAUUUACCAUUUUAUAAAUACACCUGCUGGCGAAUUCAAAUCUGAAAAAAUUAUCGAAAUGUCACCAGAAUACUUAAGGGAUCAGGCAUUUUUUCUACAUCGAGAAGAGCAAGUAAUAUAUCGUGAUCCAGUCCUGACACAACUAUAUGGAUAUCGUGAUAAAUUUUGCUUUCCGACAUUAUCAUUCAUAUAUCUCUUUAAUAGUAUAUUUAGUUUUCCACCAGAUAAAUAUAGUGAAUCGCAUAUACCGCUGAUUGGUACUUCUCGAUAUCCCAUAACGUUCACAACUGAAACAUACUGUUACACUCAGCCCAUAGUUUCCACGAUGCAAUUCGAUCAACAAUCAUUGAAUGCAGAAAAUAUUGAAUUCGCACCAAUAACAGUAUCAUUUCCGCUACCUCUACCAUCUUCACCUUCUAAUUCUUCGAAUGUUUUCAGAGAAUAUUUAUGUAUAUCACAUCGAAUAGAACUACGGAAUAUUGUUCGGAACGUUGCGUACGUAAAUUACUCAACACAGUUUGUACACGUAUCACCUGCGGAGUAUAGAUAG